UACCUACCUAGCAUUGGAUUAUCGUAAACAUUACGGUAUAUUCGGCGUGACCAAUCAAGAUGUUCAUAUCAUGAUAUCUACCUCGACCAGUUAUUUUCCUUUGUAAUAUCGGAACAUUCAGUGGAACCAGUUGGUUUGCCAUCGCAGUCUUUGCUCACUUGGCACUCGCAAAUCUGCGGCGGAAAACGUGGCUGACUAUCCACCUCUUAGUUGUUAAAGAUGUGGCUACGCAUCAUUUCUCAGAGCCCUAGAUGUUCCAUGCCAUCAGUCCUAGCUGCCAGAAGCUCAAGAUCUCAAAUUGUGCCGAUUUUAAUCCACCGAGGAAUCACUAGAGAAUUCUCCGAAACCUGCGAACGCACGUCCGAUGGUGUAUUUUUAAGGAGGACUGAGCCAAUUGAGGUCGAAGACAACCUUCAAAGGUCUGACGACCUUGAUUCCGCUCAUGCGUCGCAUCGGGAGAAGACGGUGGAAACUAGUCCGGAGAUGGCGAUCUACCGCGUAGCCAACGAUUCGAGCCGCGUUGUGGCAAAUAAGAAGGGCAUUCGGGAUAUCAGCCACGGGGCUCAGCAAGCGUCCGACGUGCACUACAAACUGUUUACGGAGUUCCUAGACCAGCUUGACAAUGAUGGUUACAGGGCGUUUGCGAAACCGUCGCCCUAUAGCGCAAUACAGAAAAUCCCGGCACUGGACACAAAACCCGAGCCCAAGUCGACGCACACUUUUCCCAGAAUUGACGCAAAUGGUGACGAACGAGUUCAAAAUUUCGCAGAUAGCCUGCAUCAGAAAGAUUUUCCCGUGUCACUCGAGGAACGCGCUGUCAGAAAUACUAAUGGCUCUGUUAUACAAGAAACAGCUAAGACAAGUGCGAUUAUCAAUCAAGAAGUGGAGCCGUCGCCAAAAAUCGAGCAAACUAUCAGCAUUUGCCUACACCUGGAUGAGAGAGUCACAAACGAGUUGGAUAGAAUGGUGGCUAAAUUCUCUCAAUAUACCCCAAUCAUGAACAAUGGCCGAGCGAACGUUGCUGUUAUAAAGGGUCUACCGGUGCAACAUUGGAGACAAUACCAAGUGUUCAUGCGAUUUCUGCAAUUCUGGAGGCCGCCCUUCUACAUAGGUCGAGUGAAGCCUCUCAUGACACGCCUGGGGCGUCAUUGGGAAGUUUCUUGGCAAAUAGAGGAUUCCCCCGAAAUCCUAGCCAUCCGUCGAACGUUCCGUCAGGUAACUGAGGACGAUCUUCCGCAAUAUAAUUUUACCUCUGAUACUUCUUGGGAAGCUAAAGCCGUUGUAACUCGAGGCCUCAGCCGAACUCAGGCGGGGGAAAUCGUCGAUGCAAUCAAUGCAGCAUGGCCGGAUGGGAUUGACCUGGGUCUAAUCACGCGGUGUGUUCUAAUUCACACUAUUUUCAGUCAUGGCAAGAUUCGCACAACAGUCACUAGAUCACCGGAAUUUCCCUUAAUGGGUAUAAAGCUCAAUCAAUUAUCUCACGAUACCAAAACACGCAAAGAAAUCGAAAGCUUAUGGAAUCGAACAAUGUCACAGAUUGACACUACAUUUUACAAGCCUAGUAAACCAAAUAAAUUUUACAAGACGGAACCUAUGAAGAGGAAGUACGAAUGAAUUCCCGUUCGGAUCUAUCAAGUUAUUAAUUGGCAUCUCCUAUUUUAUCAAUAUUCAGCUCUACCAAAGUCAUGACUGCCACCACUAACACUUUCGUAAUCUGCAUACCUCAUGUUAUUGCUGCAAUGGCGUGCUCUCCAGUGACAGAUAGUAAUUAUUGAGAACAGGCCAGCUAGUCAAUACCAGUUCUCACGUCUAAUAUGGGCAUCAUUGUAUACAUCAGCCUGGCCCAAAGCUAGAACGAGGUAUGUCAUCAUUUUUCUUGCGUCGGUGGUGCUUCGUAGAGAUUUUCAUUUUGAAGUGGAGUUAAAAGGCACCGUUUUAAAGUAUGAAUGAUGGCAAAUGACUAGCCUUU